AUGGCCAUGACCACAUAUCAGAGAAAUCGCAGUCAGCCAUCCGUCGCUGUGCCCGAGUACGACAAUCUGGAGAUACGUUGCACAUGGAGCGGAGAAUAUGAAGAAGUAUCAAAUACCAGAAUUUCCCUCGAGGUCAAAUGUGUUCCCAACACGCAGCUACAGCUAUUGAGUUUAUGCCGACGAGGCAUAACCUUUGAAGAAUCCUUUCUAGAACGCCUGCCGCAGACCGAAGAUGAUACGAAUAAUCAGGACGACACAGACGCCCCGGAAAGCCCUCUGUUUGGAUUCUCUCCUCUCGCGCGCGACGUAAGGCGUGAUGUUGAGCUGUUUGAUGAUUCUCCAACUCACGUACCAAAAUCUGAACCGACAUUCGGGGGAAACGACAAGGUACCUGCGGCUAGCGAAAGCACCCAAAACGACUUGAAGACCCAUGAUCCUGGGGAUACACUGGAAAGCUCUAUAGCUUUCAUUCCAACUGCGAGACCUCGGUCUACUUCACUCGACUCCGACGCCGAGAGCUUCACCAGGUCGCGAAAGAGAAGCGCCGCUGACGCUGAGCUCCCGGACUCUGGAUCCGAGAUGGAAAACGCGGGCAGCGGAGUACUGAAGGAUAUCAGCAACCGCAAAGUUCGACAAGUGAGUCGGGUCGAACCAGCAAGUCCAGGUGAUAGGGCUACGGAAAGCUCGCUAUUGGACUCCCCCGAUCUCACUCGCAGAGAAAUAGCAUCUCCCAGGAGCCCAAAGAAACCAAGCCCAAGAAAGUCAGGACCAACGAAAAUACCAGGCUUGAUCAUUGCCAAUGAAAACGCCAGCCCCAGGAGCCCCAAUAAAUCCACCAUUGCCGGAGCGUCAGUCAAGGGAAAGUUGAAGUCGCCAGAAAAGUCUCUCUCCAAAGGCGACCAGGAUGCGAACCCCAGUUUCAUUCCUAAGCCAGCUUCAAACGUCCAUCCAGAAUCCUCGGAGAGUCUGGCAGUGACAAGAUUCGCUAACACCGCGGUGGGAUUCCAUCUUACAAAUAGAGGUGCCCUAGGAGAGCGCCCACCCACGGCCGAUAGCCCCAAGGCCAAAUCAAUCAAGGAAACUCGGGUCCGUUUCCAGAUACCCAUUGAUGCGACAACUGCCACCGAACGUUCCGAUGGCCACCUGUCGUCACCUUCUCCAACCAAACAGCUGGGAGCUGCUUUUGAGCGGAUGAGCGCCAGGUCUAGUGCCAUCCGUGGCGAGACGAAAUUGCGCUAUAUACCAGGAAAUCUCGAGAAGUUCCACCACGAUCAGGGGAGUUAUCACGUCGAACAGCCCAAACUCUCCAAUGAACCAGAGGUCGAUAUUGUGAAUGGAUUGGUUAUCCUCAGAAAUUCUGAGCGAGUACAUCCAGCAACAUUCAAAGUCACCAUAACAGCAGCCCUCUCUAUACGAAAACCAAAGGAUCACGAAUGGAGCGAUUUGGUCAUCCCAGGAAUUCCUAGGACACGGGGCGACAGGAUUGGAGUCCUCCUGUUCCUCAUGCCUGCUCGCCACGGCCUGGAAAUCCGGACCACGAAUGUCAAUAGAGCAACUAUCGUGGAAAAUUGCCUCAUCGCGGAGUUUGCAAAUACCGGUAAUCUCGUGAUUCCCCUUCGCCGAUGCAGCAGGAAAUCCUGCGGCGAGAUCAGUGACUUUACUGUGGAACAGGAGAUCAUUUCUCACAACAUAGUCAGUACCGCAGCCGCAAGUGGCCAGAGUGAGCAAUCAUUUAUACAAAUGAGAUGUCAUGCUGCGUGCUCCAUAAAGCUAUCUAAUCGCUGUCUAUGGAGCGAGACCUGCAUCGUUCCUCUGCAUGUGGAUGGUGGCCCAAGCGGUUUCUUCUAUUGUGACGUGACUUCCCAGAAAGGAGAUAUGAAGACGAUCUGUAUCAACGCCCGCAAGGGGACGAAGAUUGGAGUCUCCCGUAUCCGGGUGAUCUGCUCAUUAAAAGAUAUCGACAAGAUCUAUUUGAGAUGGGCACUGGAGUUUCCCGGCCGAAGGGCGGCGUAUUGGUCUCCACGUAUAUACCCGGCUUCCUCAACAUCUCAUCAGCUCAACCAGCACACCCUGCGAUAUGAGUUAUUGGAGGUGCUUAACGAGCCGACGUACUUGAGUUCUGGAGUUGAGGCCACACAAGUUACUUGUGAUAAUGACGACGAAAUCGCUCGAAGAAAUGAGGACUUUGGACUAGUCUCUGAUGAUUCGAGUGAGGAAUCGGAAAGUGACCCGUCGCAACAAGGUCCAUUAGCAGGUCUAUCCCAUAUCGGACAAUCAAUCAGAAGUCAGCUUAGCCCGGACCUAGGCUACUCCUUGAAACAACUCCUGAUAGGUUUACUUUGCCUUGCUUUCUUACGAUCUGGUUUUUUCGCGCUCUCCAAUCUCAGUUUGGGGGAUUCCUUGUCCUGGAUGCAGACAUCUCGGCAAAUUCCCGAGCAGACAAAGCAGAUAUCGUUAGUCUAUCCUUGGGAGACAUUAUCUGAGGACGAGGGAGAAGAUGCUAGCGACCAAGAUCCAUCACCCGAUCUGAACACGCUGGAUAUGGACAAUCUUGUGGCCAGUGAUGAGCAUAUCGAAGAGGCUGAGGUGCUCGUGAACGACGAAGAGCAGGAUGAGCAGAGAUUUGAGGUGGAGACUGAGGCGGAAGCUGAGGCGGAAGCUGAGGAGCACACAAAGACUCUAGUCUCUUUCAGGGACAGAGUCGAUUAUUGGCUUGGUUGGACGGGACCUGUUUAG